AUGGUCCUCCAGUGGCUCCGCAACACCAAGAACGAGUUUGGCCGCGACCUCACCUGGCCUCUCGUCCUAACCAGCGGCUAUGCAUCCCUCGCCGGCAUGUCCUACGGCCUCGACCUAAACUACUGGUCCGGCUUCCUCGGCAUGCCGCAAUUCCAACACGACUUCGGAAUCUACUCGCCCACCACCCAAACCUACACAAUCCCCACAACCUGGCAGUCCAUCGCCUCCGGGACCCCCUGA